AUGGAGCCAAAACUGGAAGGAUCAAAUCCGAUACGAUGGCCCGAGUACUCGGAUUGCCAGUUUGAGGACUGUGCUGAUUGUGGACUGGUGAUUUUAGGUGAAAACUCAGGGUAACUAUACUAGAUGGGAAGUUUAGAAUUCCUUAGUUUUUGAAAAGGGGUUUCAGAGUGAAAACGUUAUUUUUAAUUUUAAAAUUACAGGCUCUAUGUUCACGUGCAACCUCUGUGACAACCAUCACAUCUGUGCCACGUGCUACAAUGACACAAUUGUCGAAGAGUCCAUUCACACCAAAAAAUCUCAAAACUAUCCACCCGAACAUCCUCACAUGCAUCAUUCCUAUCGCUUAAACAUGUCUCCAUUUGGAAAACGUGAGUAAUACCCAAUUUUCUCUCAACUUCUCUCUGUUCAGUCGCAUUUCCGGUGCAUGACAACCCGUGCGCGAGCUGUGGUUCCAAAGUUUUUCCGGGGCUCCGAUAUGUGUGAGUUGUUUUGGAAGACUGCCAUCUUGUAAAAUGUUCUCUAUUAAUUUAGGUGUCCGGAAAUCUGUCCAGACUACGGUAUUUGUGCUACAUGCUUCAUCAAGAAGAAGGGAAGUGAAGAAAUUGAACUUUUCGAGGCGGUGCAGGCGAAUCCUAAACUGGAGAAGAAGCACCAGAUCGGAGCAGCAAUAGUCACUCAAAAAUACUACGGUAUUGGGCUAGCACGGUUGGAUUGGUUCCAAAUUGAUAAAAACGAUGAGGUAAAUUGAGUUUCUCAUUCAUUUCCCUUCAUUCUCCUCGUUUCUAGGAACAAAUGAAAAACCUGGGUCGUAAAAUUGGUUUCGCCGUCUACCAAUACCCAACUAAUCUUCCGCAGGAGGAGCGUAAUAGCCUGAACCCCGACCAGUUGGAGGAGCUCAUCAAAAACAUUGAAUUGGAAGCCAAGGAAGCGAACAACAAUUCAAAGAGCAAGAAAAAGAUCGACGUAAAAUUUGUGCCACAGUUUGGAUACACCAAAGAGCAAGAGGAACAUAUAGUAAAACUUCGGGACGAAAUUUUUGAUAUUAACAGACGACAGAAAAAAGUGAAAGAGGGAGAGUCGAAUAUUGUGGAAACCAAAUUCGUGUUCAUUAGCUUCUUCGCCGAUGGAUCACACUCUAAUAUUGUAAGCUCACUUGAAAAAUCUGAAAUGCUCUAACCCAACUGUUUUAGCUCCCUCUUAUCUGUUUACGUAUCAGUGAUACUAAAACUAUGUACGUGGAGUCUACAGGCCGUGCUUAUGAUGAUUGGGAGGACUUCAUCAGUAAGAAUAAGCUACCGGAAUGCAAUAUUUUGUAUCCAGAUGGUGGACUUUAUGAGGUGAGCACUUUUUCCAAGAGAAUUUGCUAUUUAUUGAGUUUAGAUGGAGCCAGGAGGUGUUCUCAAUCUUCGAUAUGAUAUUUCUAGAAGAAGUAAGCUCCCAAGCAAAAUUGCAAAGGUACAAUUUCCCUGUGUUAUAAAAUCUUUCACUAAACCUUCGUAAUUAUCAGAUAAGUGACCGAAGUGCAAUGGGAAUUGGAAUUGCUGCUACAAUCGGUUCCGUUAUUGGACUUUUCACCCCGUUGGCUCCAGUAGCCGCUACAACCCUUCUCUACACAGCCAUCGGCACCGGAGUCUACACAAUGGCCAGAUCAGGCUACCACAUUGUAGAUAGAGCGACGCAUAAUGAAAAUGUGAAUCCACUUCGGAGCCGUGAGAAUUUUGUGGACUGGCUGGCGGUUGCAGCGUCUCUCGCGUCGUUUGGAGCGAUUGGGGGCUCUGCUGUGAGUUGCAGCAAACACUGAAAAUUAUGUAGGCAAACAUUUUCAGUACCUUACUGUGAUGGCUACUCAAGGAAUUGAAGUGAGCCAGGCCAUUGAGUAUACUGUGAACGCGGCCAUCUUUGCCAACUUUGCAGUUUCAGGAAUAGCUCUCACUGCUUCAGGAUACAAUAUUUUCGAAAAGGUAUUCACUGAGUACUAAAAAAUUUCAAAAACUUGUAAAACAUUAUUUAUUAGGUUGCUAAUGGUGAGAAACCGACUCCAUUGGAACUGUUCCAAUUCUCCACCAGUUUGCUAUUCUUCACAAACGCAGCGGUCAACCUUCAAACUGCUGAAAAACUGAUCCAACAGACUACUCAAGAAAAGAUUAACGAGUUUCGUGACACGCUGAAAACUGCAGAGGAUAAACAUCAGUUUGAUCAGACCAUCAAUGAGAAUAUGAAGAAAGCGGAAGGACAACCAGGAAGUGAGCCAGAGAUAACAUGAUAAUAACCAUAAUGUGACAAACUCCUUUUUCAGAUUCAAAACUCAAAGCUAAUUUGGAGACUAUUAAAGAAAUGCACAGAGCUAUGUUGGCUGAUAAACAUGUGGAAGCUCAUAUUCGUAAGUGCACAUUGUAGAAAUUUGUUAUAUAAUUAUUAUUUAGAUGACACGGACAUGCCAAAGAAAUCAAAACCAAUGCCGUCCUCAAGUGUUCCCAAGAUGCAAGCCAAACAACUCACUGUUUCCGAUAAAAAGAUUGUCGAAGAGCAUUUGCGUGCUUUGGAUGCUCGGGGACAGUCCAAAUUCCCAGCUAGCAAGCAAAAAAUCACAACUUACCUGAAUGUCGGAUGGGAUGAUAUUGCCGCUAAGGUCAAGGCUAUUCUGUCGGGAGGUGCUGGAGGCGCUAUGUAAGUUCAAGUACUGAUAGAGUCUAUAAAACGCGAUUUUUCAGUACUGAAAAGCUGAUUGAAGGGAAAACAAAAAAAGUUGUCACUAUUGACAAUGGAGAUGAAGGGUUCCUGGGAGCUAAAGUUGAAUCGGUAGGACCCUAAGAAAAAUUUAAAGUAAAAAUGCCGAUUUCAGGUUCCAAAUGGUGUUGCCAUCCGUAAAGGUGUGAUGGAUCGUAUCGAAAUCACUUUGAAUGAUGCUGGAGAACCUAUUCCUCAUUUUGUGGAAGGAACUAUUCGGACUGGAACCGAACAAAAUGUAAUUGACAAUAUUUCCGAUGUUUGAUCACUGAAUCACUCAUCAUUUUUGUUGCAGGUCGUGAGAAUCCGCCUCGAAAAUCGUGGAGCACUCGGAAAUAUUCGUGCAAAGGCAAAGAUCCGCAUGUACAAGGAUACCUCGUCCAAAGGUUGCCAAGUUGACGAUCAGGAACUCUCGGAGAACUAUUUCAUGUAUUACGAUUGGUCAUAA